GUUGAGUACACACACGUGUGUAGGAACGACCAAACAAGAUUUUUCAUCUGCAUCUUUGCUUCUAUUUUAACUAAAAGAUGGUUUUGCCAGUUCCACUGUCACAUAUGACACCCUACAUAUUCAGAGUUUGAAAGCAUAUUCAACUAGGAUUCAGGAUUACUCAUCGACCAUGUCAACAUUUCGUAACAAGAUCGCCACCAAGCGAAUGCAGAGUGUGUCGUUCUCUUCCUACUGUAGCUCAGAGCUGCGUAAGCUCAGUGUCAAAGAGGUUAGGAAUCCAAAGUCGUUUGAUGACCUGGGUCAUGCAAGCACCAGUGGACUUUACGAUCCUGUAUUUGGUCCUGUUGGUCGUGAUGAUCUGUGUGGAACGUGCUUCCUCGGUACAUUACAUUGUCCAGGUCACAUGGGUCAUGUCAGCCUCCCGCUACCAGUCUUCAAUCCAUUGUUCUUCAGUUUAGUCUACCGGUUGCUGAGAGGGGCGUGUCUAAAAUGCCACAUCUUUCAGCCACCUCGUUGGAUCAUCCGGCUCAUUAAGCUCCAGAUUAAGGCUCUCGAUCGAGGAUUAUUAGCUUUAGCCGAUGAAAUGGCGGAGAUCGCAAGAAACAUUGUAUCAGAAAGUGAGGAGGAUAAUUAUGUACUUGCUGAAAACGUGGAGACGGCAUUAAAGGAGCGUCUUGCAGCUGCCAUGAAAGAAGAAGGUGACGGUGAUUCAUCUAAGUGUCAGAGUCGUCAUGUCCAAGAUCACCGUCGUCAGAUCAUUCAGGAUUUUCUGAAGCAGCAUCUUCUCUCCCGAAGCCGUAAAUGCUUCAAGUGUAGAGAGCACAUACGUGAUUUCCGCUGUGAGCACAACAGUAAGCUCUUGACGAAGACAGGGGACAAGAACAAGGCGCAUUUGGUAUUUGUAUCGCCCCAAGAAGCACGCACGCACUUGCGGAAAAUCAUGAAAAAUGAAGGGUUUAUUUUGAAAUGUGUCUUUGGGAUGUUGGACGUCGCAGCAGCAAUGACUGGAAGCGAUGAAGGUGACCUGAUCGAUUACGCCGGGGUAGAUGUAGAUAGAGAUGAGAGUGAAGAAGGACAUUCAGAAGGCGGAGAGGAUGAAGAAGAAGAUGAAGUCAUCGAGGACAAGGAAUGCCCAACAGAUCUCAUGUUUCUUGAUCUAUUGCCUGUCAUACCCUCCAAGUUCAGACCGGUGACCGGAGUGAUGGAUAAGAAAUUUGACAAUCCACAAUCGGCCAAUCUGGCUAAAGUAAUCAAGGACUGCCAGACUCUACGCCUGCUCUUGAGACAUAUGGGUGAACCAGUCAAGGAAGUGAAUCAGGAGAAAGAGACAGAGACGACUCAAGAAGAGGAGGAAACAGAAGCAGACAUUGAUAAGACCUUUUUGAAAAUGAUUCCCGGAAAGACGAACGCAGAGAAGCUCCAGAAUGCUUGGGUCACUCUACAAACUCACGUCAAUAAUGUAAUUGAUAGCAACUUGGAUAAAUUAUCACGAGAUAAACAGCCCGGAAUCAAACAGCUUCUUGAGAAGAAGGAAGGACUGUUCCGUAAACACAUGAUGGGAAAGCGCGUCAACUACGCCGCUAGAUCAGUCAUAUCUCCUGAUCCGUACAUCAACGCAGACGAGAUCGGUAUUCCGGAUAUCAUCGCUAAGAAGUUGUCAUAUCCGCAGCCAGUCACUGACUGGAAUGUACGAGAGCUACGGGAGGCCGUGAUUAAUGGACCCAACGUGCAUCCAGGUGCUUUAUUGAUUGAGAAUGAGGAUGGCAGUCAGAUGAGAUUGAGUGCCUUUGAUCCUUCAAAACGUGAGGCAGCCGCUAAACAACUUCUGGUACCCAAGAAUAUUCACCACGGACCCAACUCUCAGAAAAAGGUGCAUAGACAUAUACGGACAGGAGAUAUUGUGUUACUGAAUCGCCAGCCAACACUACACAAGCCCAGUAUCAUGGCACACAAGGUCCGCGUCUUACAAGGUGAGAAGACUCUUCGUCUUCACUACUCCGCUUGCAAGACGUACAAUGCUGAUUUCGACGGAGAUGAAAUGAAUGUUCACUUCCCUCAGAAUGAGCUCGGAAGAGCUGAGGCAUUUACGAUCGCAAACACCAGUCAGCAGUACCUCGUCCCUAAAGACGGUACCCCCCUGGGUGGCUUGAUCCAAGAUCACAUGGUAGCAGGGGUCAAGAUGACGGUCAGAGGUCGCUUCUUCACAAGGGUUGACUAUCAACAGUUGGUGUACAACGCUCUGACUGACCAUCCUGGUGAGAUACGCCUUCUCCCUCCAGCCAUCAUGAAGCCAUUCAGGCUAUGGUCUGGCAAACAGGUUGUAUCCACACUCCUACUCAAUGUGAUUCCUGAAGAGUCCAAACCCAUCAACUUCAAAGGCAAGGCUAAGAUUGGCAGCAAGUCUUGGACAUGGUGCAACAGAGAGUCUCGCACCUCAUCGUUUGGUGGAACACCCCUCUCAGGAUUGUCGAUGACAGAGUCCGAAGUCAUCGUGAGGGGUGGGGAGCUGGUAUGCGGGGUUCUGGACAAGGCUAAUUAUGGAAACACAUGCUAUGGACUGGUCCAUUGCUGCUUUGAGUUAUACGGAGGACAGGUCGCAGUCAAGCUCCUGAGUUGUCUUGGACGGCUUUUCACGACCUUCCUGCAGCAGUUCACUGGCUUCACCCUCGGUGUGCAUGACAUCCUAAUAACCAACAAGGGUAACUACAGACGCAGGAAGAUCAUGCAGAAGGCAGGUGGGAUUGGCCCGGAUGUUGUUGCUAGUGCUUUGGGAUACGAUGACUCCACCGAUAUUACGGCACUGAAAGAAAGAUAUGAAGAGGCUCACAGGAAAUCUGCUGAUACCGAGCUACGAGAGAUUGAUCUAAAGAUGAAGGGUCAAACGGAUCGAUUCACCAACGAGAUUAGUAACGCCUGCUUGUCUAAAGGAUUGGAGAAAGAAUUCCCUUAUAACAAUCUUCAGCUUAUGGUGUUGUCUGGGGCUAAGGGUUCCCAGGUGAACUGUAUGCAGAUUUCAUGUCUGUUAGGUCAGAUUGAAUUGGAAGGGCGUCGACCGCCCCUCAUGGCAAGUGGGCGGUCCCUCCCAUCCUUUCUGCCCUAUGAUACAUCCCCGAGGGCGGGCGGAUACGUGGAUGGACGCUUCUUGACCGGUAUACGCCCGCAGGAAUACUUCUUCCAUUGUAUGGCCGGUCGAGAGGGUCUUGUGGAUACUGCUGUGAAGACAAGUAGGAGUGGAUACCUGCAGAGAUGUAUUAUUAAGCACAUAGAGGGCCUCGUUGUGAACUAUGACCUCACUGUGAGAGACAGUGAUGGUUGCAUUGUUCAGUUCUUAUACGGAGGUGAUGGAUUGGACAUCCCGAGGACACCCUUCAUGAAAGAAGAGCAGCUACCUUUCCUUCUAGACAAUAGCGCCAACUUACUGGGAAGAAAAUGCAAAGGGGAAGACUGUGACGCGACCAAAGCUCAAAAAAUACAAAAGAAGAUCUCUAAUUGGUACAAGAAGAACGGUUCCCUUCGGAGGCAAGAUAGACGUUCCCCAUUCCUCAGCUACUCCUCCAAGAAGAUGUACGACUUGCUUGAGGAGCGAGACAGCAGAACCAAAGUAGACGAAGAACCAAUCUCAGUCCGAGAUGAAAUGAUCAAGAUGUGGAGGGAAGAUGAUAACAAGGAGAAAUUUUUGAAAAAUGCGUCCCCGUGUCCAGAGCCUGUGCAUUGCCAGCUCCGACCAGACACCAACUUCGGUUCGAUCUCAGAGAAAAUUAACUCCAUCAUAGGGAACUACAUCAACAACACGGGGGUGCAACACCUAGAAAAGUACGUGAAGAGCGAGGCAGAAGAUGGUAUCCCCCCUGAGAAGAAGUUUCAAGAUUUGCUAUAUUUGAAGUAUCGUCGCUCUCUGUGUGAGCCAGGAGAGGCUGUUGGACUGCUUGCUGCUCAGUCCAUUGGGGAACCCUCUACUCAGAUGACCCUGAACACGUUUCAUUUUGCUGGUCGCGGAGAAAUGAACGUCACUCUUGGAAUCCCCAGAUUAGUAGAGAUCUUAACCGUUGCCAGUACCAACAUCAAGACUCCAAGGAUGGAUGCUCCGCUUCUGACUACGCCUCAUGCCAAGAAGAGAGCGUCGAGACUCAAGAAGAAACUAACCAGGGUGGUCCUCGCUGAAGUGAUCGAAGACAUCAGCGUGAAUGAGUCGUAUCUUAUCAUUGACGCAGUUGAGCAGUAUAGGAUUUUCAAGAUCAGGGUGAACUUUCUGCCACACACGGAAUAUAAGGAUGAAAUGCACAUCGACCCAAGCAGCAUCUUAGAAUAUGUCGAGAAACGUUUCUUGAAACGUCUCACAGAGAGCAUCAAAAGAAAAACCAGGGGCCUGAUGAAAGUCCGCUUGGUGGAAACAAAGAAAGCAAAAGAAGCCACAACCGAAGAUGGAGAGCAGGUUACUGAUAGGCCGACGGAUGAACCAAUCACCAUGGAUAUUGAGGUCGACGCAGCAUCAGACGACGAAGAAGGAGAGCAGGAUGGAGCAGCCGGAGCCAAGUCUCGUCAACAGAGGGCCGAGGAACAAGAGUAUGAGGAAGAUGAGGAAGAGGAUUUGGACGCUGAGCCUAACUCUGAUGAAGAAGAAGGAGAGAGCACUGGUAGUCAUGAUGAAGAUGACAUGGUGGAAGAAAGCAUCCGAGAUGAGCCAAAAGUAAAGAGAAAGAAGGGCCAGAAGAAUACAGCGAGUGAUAAGAAACGUAGAGUCGAUGAUGUUCUUGAGGUCGGUCAAUACUUCGUCUCCUACGAUUUUGAUGUUGAGAAGCAAGAAUGGUGUGAGUUUGCCAUCAAGCUGCCUUUAACUCGCAGUCACUUGGAUAUGAUGUCCUUAAUCCACUCUGAAGCUCAGCAAGCAGUGGUUCAUGAGGCGCCUGGUAUCAUGCGUUGUAUUAUCGCUGAUGGUGAAACUGAUGGCCUGAAACUUCUACAGACAAGUGGAGUCAACUUACAGGAGCUGUGUCAAUAUGAUAAGAUAAUUGAUAUUCAACGAUUAUACACCAACAAUAUCCAUGCAAUGGCCAACAUGUAUGGGAUAGAAGCCGCUUGUAGGGUUAUCAUCAAGGAAAUCCAAGACGUCUUCAAAGUGUACGGAAUUUACGUCGAUCCCAGACAUCUAUCUCUCAUAGCGGACUACAUGACACUAGAGGGCAUUUACAAACCAUUCAAUCGCAUCGGUCUGGAGUCCAACUCGUCACCAUUACAGAAGAUGAGUUUUGAGAGCACCAUGCAUUUCUUGAAGCAGGCAACAACACAAGGUGUAUGUGAUCCUCUUCAGUCCCCAUCUGCCCGACUGGUAGUCGGCCGAGUUGUUACCGGUGGAACAGGAUGUUUUGAUCUUAUACAACCUCUUGUGUAGGAAAUCAGCAGUGAUGAUCAAAAAGUUAAAACAGUUCAUCGAUGGUUGGUUUGAAGAUAUAUUGUCUUGGUUCAAUUAUAUUCUUAAAGGCACUGGACACCUUUGGUAAUUGUCAAAGACCAGUAUUCUUACUUGGUGUAUCCCAACAU